AUGAUGAAGAAUCGGGCUUUGGCUCUUACAGCUGCAGACGGCCUGGACAACCAAAAGCGUGUCCAGCUUCUCGAGAUCAUUGACCACUUCCGCGAGCUGGGGGUCAGCGAAAAUGUCUCACUUCCCCAACUUGUCGUUGUUGGCGAUCAAUCCAGUGGGAAGUCUUCCCUUCUGGAGGGACUCACGGGUAUCUCCUUUCCUAUCGCUAGUGAUCUCUGUACGCGAUUCGCUACUCAGAUUGUUCUCCGUCGAGCACUCGCAAACGAAGCGGCGGGGGCUAAGGUCACUAUCAUCCCUGGUAUAAAGUCCCGACUGGAUGAAGGUCUGACCGAGCGUCUUCUUGCUUUCGAGACGAAGCUGCCGGUCAAGAGCUUUGGUUAUCAGGAGUUUGACAAGAUCUUUGCCGCGGCUGCCCAUUGCAUGGGCUUACCUGACCCAAAUGCCGAUGACAUGGAAUUCCUUGACAAACGAUUUUCGGACGACAUACUCAAGAUCGUGCUUUCCGGGCCAGACCAUCGUCACUUUAGUGUGGUGGAUGUUCCUGGAUUGUUUCACAAUCCAACCAAGUUCCAAACAGAGGAGGAUCGUGGAAUCAUUCCCGACCUGAUCGAGGGCUACAUCUUUGAUGAACGGACCAUUAUCCUGGCCGUUAUGGAUGCGAGAAACAAUCUUGCCAACCAAGAAGUGUUCUCUAUGGCGCGCGAUGCUGAUAGAGCCGGCAAGCGAACCGUUGGAAUCAUCACAAAGUGUGAUGUUGUUCAAGAGGGAGAUGAAGCCGGGGUUUUGCGUAUUGCCAAGAACGAGGACGAGCAUCUCGCAUACGGCUGGUUUGUCGUGAGAAACCGUACUACCCAGGAGAUCAAAGAGGGAGUCACGAUCGAAGACCGCCAUAUUAAAGAGCAACAGUUCUUUUCCUCCACAACUCCUUGGAACCAGUUGAAGAAAGAACAAAUCGGCAUCGCUGCACUGGGAUCCUUCCUCGGGCACAUUCUGUAUGAGCAUAGCCAUUCAGAAUUUCCAGCUGUUGUGGAAGAAUUCAAGAAGCUUUCUUUAUCCAUUCAAAGCGAGAUUGAGCGUAUCGGCCUUUCCCGCCAGACCGUUUCAGAGCAGAGACAGUUCCUGAUUCGAAUUGCGACAGAUUAUCAGCAGGAGGUUGACAAGGCACUGAAGGGCAAUUACGAUCCUGGAAUUGAGCCUCAGAGCCCAAUAAAGCUUCGGAUGCACCUGAGAAAGCUCUCUGAGCAGUUUGCUAAGUCUGUGGCAACCCGCGGACAUACCAAGGCGUUUCGUACGACACGGGACGCAGUUGACGCCGAGUUCGGUGGUCGACGAUCGGAUUCUGAAAACAUCUAUGACUGGAUUAGGCGUUCCUAUCUCGAGUCUCGGGGCUCAGAGUUACCGGGAACAGUGAACCCCCUUGUCCUUGAGAAUCUGUUCCGUGAACAGUCCACCCCUUGGAAAGACAUAGCCGCCAAAUAUCUGGAAAAUGUUAGCUCGGCCGUCAAAGACUACAACGAGAUAGUAUUGAAGAUAGUCGUCCUUGACAACGAGGUCAGGGAUAAACUCGCAUUACUGAUAUCCAUUCGCACGAGCGAGGCACAUGGGUUUGCAUGCUCCGAGCUUCUCACGAUGUUAAAGGGCGAAAGAGAGGGAAUUCUGCAAACAGCAAAUCACUAUUUUGCUGAUACACUGUCGUCUAUACGCCAAGAGAGAGUUUUGGCGAGACUGGAGAAGCAGGGUCUUCGUGACGGAGCCACUUUCAACAUGAGCAAGGUAAUGCACGGGGUACAUCUCAGUAACGAAGACCAGGCCGUAUUUGACAUCCAUGAUAUUCUGAAGUCCUACUACAAAGUGGCCGUCAAGCGGUUCAUCGACAAUGUGAUUGUUCAUGUCUCCGAACGACACAUUAUAGGGGAUGAUGGUCCCUUGAAGCUGCUUUCCCCGGGUUUGAUAGGCGAGUUUGAGGACGCAAAAUUGACAGAAAUUGCGGGUGAAAACCUGGCAAUCUCAAAGAAAAGGAAUGAUCUGGUCAGCAAGGCCGCACGCCUCAAGAAGGCCAUGGAUAUUGCGAAGCAAGUUGCACUCUGA